GCACCAUGGCCGAGCGCCGCGUUCCCUUCACCUUCCUGCGCAGCCCCAGCUGGGAUCCCUUCCGAGACUGGUACCACGGGAGCCGCCUCUUCGACCAGGCCUUUGGGAUGCCCCAUAUCCCCGAGGAUUGGUACAAGUGGCCGAGCGGGAGCGCCUGGCCAGGCUAUUUCCGUCUGUUCCCUCGGGAAAGUGCCCUGAUGCCAGCCCUGGGCUCUCCCUACGGGCAGGCGCUGGGCAGGCAGCUCAGCAGCGGCAUCUCCGAGAUCCGGCACACGGGCGACAGCUGGAAGGUCACCUUGGAUGUCAACCACUUUGCCCCCGAGGAGCUGGUGGUCAAGACCAAGGAUAACAUCGUGGAGAUCACGGGGAAACACGAGGAGAAGCAGGAUGAACACGGCUUCAUCUCUCGGUGCUUCACCCGAAAAUACACGUAA